CCCUUUAGCAUCACCAUAAUAAUAAUAAUCCAUGAAUUCCCAAGAAUCCCGAACCAGUCACCAAAUUCACUACCAACAAGUACCACUACAUGGCCACGGAAUAAUGGCCGCACCACCACAACAACAACCACACCAGCAACAACAACACAGUUCGUACGGUUUAAUAGACAAUGUUAAUAAUUCUCCCAUGAUGCAACAGAACCCUCGAUUUGGUUUUGAUUACACUGAUGGGUCGUCGUCGUCUGCUUCAGGGUUCAACAUUGAGGCAGCUAGGAAGAAACGUGGACGACCCAGAAAGUAUUCACCUGAUGGGAACAUUGCUUUGGGACUCUCGCCUACUCCAACGGUGCAUCAUAAUACCCCUGAUUCUGCUGCUGCUACGCCUUCUACCGAUAACUCCUCUAAGAAGCUCAGAGGAAGACCUCCUACCCCUGGAAAGAAACAGCUCGAUGCACUAGGUGUAGGUGGAGUUGGCUUUACACCACAUGUAAUCGUGGUGAACGUUGGGGAGGACAUAGCAUCAAAGCUAAUGGCUUUCUCAGAGCAAGGACCCCGUACAAUUUGCAUUCUCUCUGCACAUGGAGCCAUUUGUAAUGUCACCCUCCGCCAACCAGCAGCAAUGGGUGGUAGCACUGUGGCGUAUGAGGGCCGAUUUGAAAUCAUCUCUUUAUCAGGUUCAUUCUUGCGGUCUGAAAGUAACAAUACUAGAACAAGUAGUCUAAGUGUGUCAUUGGCUGGCUCAGAUGGUAGAGUUUUGGGCGGUGGAGUUGCAGGAAUGCUUAUGGCUGCAACACCAGUGCAGGUGAUUGUUGGCAGCUUCAUUGCUGAAGGAAAAAAGCCAAAGUCUAAGACACCGUCUUUGACAUCACCACCUUCCAAUAUGUUGAAUUUUGGUGGUCCAGCCUCAGGAGGGGCGAGCCCUCCUUCCCGUGACGCCUCAAAUGACUCAUCUGAUGAAAAUGGGGGUAGUCCUCUCAGCCAUGAACAAGGACCUUAUGGUAAUGCUGGUCAACCAUUGCAUGGUAUGCCAAUGUAUGCAAACAUGAGCUGGCCAAACAACAGUGUUAAAAUGGUACCUUAACCGACAUAAUGUUGCAUAAAUGGUAGCUUGCAGAUUUUGGGCGUGAGUUUAGGACUUGAGGCUCCCCUCCCCACCUCCCCCUAUUUUUAUUGUUUUAUUUAUUUCGAAUGUAGUUGAUUGUGCUAGCUAUGGUAAAACGCAUGUCUGGUUGAGAGAAAGCCAUUCAUGGUGUUAGAAAUGUUAGGUGACCUUGGGUUAUUGUAUUUAUCUUGAGAUUUCCAGAACAGAAUUUAUUUGUAGCUUUGUAGACUAGAAAGCCUUUCAACCCCUGGAUUUUCUGAUUU